AGGAUACAUCUUCCCUCAUGGAUUCCCAUCUCCAGGUGAGCUUUCUUUGCUCUUGGUGUGGACAGUGGCCUCGGGCAUGAGCACAGUCCCUAUAUUUGGCCCAUACUCCUGGGUCGUGUUUCCAGAGCAGCUGGUUUCUUUUCCAUCCCCUUGUCCCAACAGAUUGAGUGCUGGUUUUUGGUUGGCCCUGAAGCUGUGUGUGGCACAAUGAACUCUAGGUGUCCCUUCCCCUUGGGAAAGGAGGGAGGCAAGACUGGCAGAGGGGUUUUUUCUCAGCCCUGUCCCAGGAGGCUCUGGCCCGGGGCCUCCUCGGGUCCCCACCCGUUCUCAUUGGCUCUUUCCCUGCCCUGGUUUCCUGGGGAUUAGAGCAAGGAAACAAAGGCAGGGAGUGUAGAAGGGAGUGUGUUUCUGCUCUGUGCUCUGUCUGCUGGCUCCUUCCCAGAGGCACCCACUGAUGGAGACUCCUCUUGAGAAGGCCCUGACCACUAUGGUCAGCACUUUCCAUAAAUAUUCUGGGAGAGAAGGCAGCAAACUGACCCUGAGCAGGAAGGAACUAAAGGAGCUGAUCAAGAAGGAGUUGUGUCUUGGAGAGAAGAUGAAAGAGAGCGGCAUCGAUGAUCUGAUGAGGACCUUGGACAAGAACAGUGACCAGGAGAUCGACUUCAAGGAGUACACGGUGUUCCUGACCACACUGUGCAUGGCCUACAACGACUUCUUCCUGGAGGAAGAUAAAUGACCAGGGCUCAGCCCCUUGCCCCUGGCCUCUUCAGCUGUCUCCCAGACACUCCCUGGCCCCUGGCCCUGCUCUCUCUUCUGGACGGACCCUGCUUCUGC